AUGAGUUUCAUCGGGGGAGUCGCUCGAGUCAAAACCGAGCAACAUGACGAGACCCAGCUGGAUGGUCCCAUCAACGAAGGCAUCGAGGCGAAGAGCAUGCAAGAUCACGAUGCCAUGCCACAUGUUUUUACCGAGGGAACACUUAUCCCUGUUAAACAGCGAGAUCUACUGACCUUCUCCUACCUAGAGAAAAUGAGAAAGAUCAGAGACCCAGAUCUUUGGCAGUCGUUUUGCGAGAGGAUCUUGCCGCUCCUGGACGAUCUCGAGUCCGCUUGCAGAAGCAUUGCUUCCUCCAGAAACCUUCAGCCUGCUCUCAAGACUGCGGCAUCGCAUUGGGUUCACCGAAUUUGCGAUUUGCGUCAUCGAGCAAAGCGAUCGCAUCAGACUGUUAUCGGUGUUCUAGGUAACACGGGUGAUGGUAAAAGCUCAACUAUUAAUGCUUUGCUAGAUGAAGAGAGUUUGCUUCCCACCAGCUGUAUGCGUGCAUGCACUGCUGUUGCCACGGAGAUUUCCUACAACCAUGACGAGGACGAACAGAACCCAUACCGUGCAGAAAUCGACUUCAUCUCUCGUGAGGAGUGGGUACGGGAAGUCAACAUACUACUGAUGGAGUUCCUCGCCGAUGAGACUGAGGAGAAGGAAGAUCUGGACCCAGAAAGUGAAGCAGCCAAAGCUUUGGCAAAAGUCCAAGCGGUUUAUCCGUCCAUGACCAUCCAAGACUUGGCUACCAGCACCUCGGCACAGCUUGCUGAUCAUCCAAAUAUCACCCGGCUUCUUGGCACCACCAUGACGCUGAAAUGCGACAAUGCCCAGAACAUCCGCGAGGAAGUCCAGCCCUACGUCGACUCCAAGGACAAGGAUGACGAUACCGCGGCAUACUGGCCUUUAGUGAAGGUUGUCAGGAUCUUCACCAAAGCCAAAGUGCUUUCCAAUGGCAUCACAAUCGUGGAUUUGCCUGGUCACCAAGAUUGGGAUGCUGCCAGAGCUGCGGUAGCAAGCAACUACAUCAAGUCAUGUUCAGGUAUCUGGGUCGUCGCUCCUAUCAACAGGGCUGUGGACAACAAGACAGCCAAAGAUAUCAUGAGUAACUCCAUCAAGCGUCAACUCAAGCUUGAUGGAGCGUUCUCGGCUUUGACCAUCAUUUGCUCAAAGACUGAUGACAUGGCAAUCAACUCGGGAUUAGAAAGCAUGAAAUCGAGACUGAACAAGGAUACUAAGGACGCAUGGAUCCAGGUCCAAGCAAUUGAUCGUCGUAUCAAGGCUUUAGAAAAGGACCUCAAGGUCGUCCGGGGUUGUCGUAAACAAGCCCGCACUGCUACUGACGACGCUACAGAGCGUCUAGCUAAGAGAGCACGAACUGAGCCGCCCGAUAACCAAGCAAAGGAUCUUGCCCUAGAGACAUCUAUGGACUUGGCCGAUGAUAGUGCUACCAACUCUGAUCCGAACGCAAAGAAGCAUGAAGAGCUUGCAGAGCUGAAGCUCGAAAAGAAACAGCUCAUGUACCAGGUGCAUGCGCGUUUAAUUCGGAGGCGCAACGAGCUCUCCAGAGAGGCUGUCAAGAAGCACCUUGCCAAAAGCUUCAGAGAUCUUGAUCGACAGGAUGCAGCAAACUCCGACGCACAUAGCCAGGCUAUUGGAGAGCCCCGCGAUUAUGACGAAAUGUCCAUCUUGACUCCGGUGUUCUGCACCAGCAGCCAUGUAUACCAGAAAAUGCAGGGUCUCGUGGCGAAUGACGACGAAACGACUCCUGGUUUCGACACUGAGGAGGAUACUGAAAUUCCUCAGCUCCAAGCUCACGCUCAGAAGCUGACAGAGGAGCUUCGCAUUGCAAAGUAUCAAGAGGUGCUCAAUGACAUCUGCCAAGUGCUCAACUCCAUAGCCAUAUGGGCUCGGGACACGGCAGAGACUAGAGCCACCAUCGAUGGAGAGCAUUUGAAGGGGAUGCUAAUACGCCUUCAAACCGAUAUUAACGGAGACGUCGAGGAUUGUCUCGACAAUCUGCACUUGAAAGCAGAGACCAUCUUAUAUGCCCAGAUGACGCGCUUGAGCUCCAAUGCCAGCCGGGCGGCAGUUCCUACCGCCCUUCGCUGGUGCCAUAUGAACCACUCGACCCUGAGGGCUACAUUCAUUCGUCAAGGCACCUGGAAGCUGCAUAACUUCAACGAAGACCUAGUGAAGCCCAUUAAAGAAAACAUUGCCCAGACCUGGGCCAACUUCUUCCAGUUCAGCAUCCCAAGCGUGCUUGACAACUUCUCUGUCUCUACGACCCAGCGACUGAGUACAUUUCACGAACAAGUCAUCAAGCAACUCGGAGUUCACGACAACGACCAUGACGAAUCUCCAACAAUCAUGCAGCUCAACCAGCAGCUCAAACUUCACAAGGAGAAGCUUGUGCGCAUUGCCGCCCAAAGCCGGAAUGGAGUCGAUGAAGCCCAGAAGGACGCCAGUCGAGCGUUGACUCCACCAAUCGCGGAAGAAAUGGCUCCUGGAUAUGAGGAGUGCGGUCAGAUACAUGGAACUGGAUCAGUCAAGAAGAUGCAUGCCAGAAUCCAGGAAUACAUUCUCAACCGCAAGAUUAAGAUGUUUCGCACCGCGAUCCGGAACGUCAAGGAGGUUCUCGAGGAUGGCCUGGAGACGGUGGGCGAGGACAUGACGGCUGAGAUCAGGAACCUUGCUGCAACCAUGCACGGCGAUUAUAUGCUGGCGUUGGCAGAGAAGCGGGAGUCGGCACGUCGUAUUGAGGAGGCGUCCAAGCGAGGGAUGAUGGAGUUCCUGGAGCAUGCUGGCGAGCAAUUCAGAUAG